GUGAGCAAUGUAUGCCAAAAGAAAGCAGCUACUUAUCACAGAUCUAUCAUGGGCGUGCUCAUUUAACAAAUAGAAGAUUAUGCUUUUAUUGGAUUCAUAUCAGAUGCAUACAAUGUUUCUUGCAAACUCAAACGGGUUCAUGAAAUUGGGCGCAAGCCACUCAUAAAAACAGUGGAUGACUUACAAUGACUUCAUUGCUGAGACUUGGUAUGUACUAGUUAGUAUUAUUUUAGGCUUUUAUUUUCUUAUUUCUUGUUCCCGAAAAUAUUUUUAUCCUUCCUUCUGAAAGCGGCAGGAAAGAGAAACCUUGGCAUGCUUAGACUGCUUAGGGAUAGUGAGUGUUGACAUUUGACACAUGGUAGAUAAUGGGUUCUGCCUCAGUAGCGUUGCGUGGCACCACCAACUAUUGUCUUAUUGUUAAUAUUUCAUAAAGUAAACUUUACUCUUUCCUUGCAUAGUUGCAUGUGGGCAUUUUAGUUUAGAUAAGAAUUCUGAGGUUGGUGGGGGAGACUAACGGUGAACUGAAAUAACAUUAAAUGUAAAGGAAAAAAGCAUUCUUGAUCACCACCGAACAGAUAUUAUAGGUAGAAGUAGAAGAUAGUGGAUGGUCAUGUCCCUUCUUUUUCCCAAGAAACUUGAUCCUGAACCCGUUUCAUAGUUGCUGUUGAAGUAACCUCUUUUGAAGGUUCCAUCUUCAGUCUCUGAUGAAGCAUGGCCUAUUACAGCUCUACCUAUUCUGGGUCUGAUUAUGGUGAGUACAAUUUCAACUCUUAUGCUGUCAAUUAUGAUUAUGAUCAUGAUCAAAUUCCAGCCUUUAUGGCUUACAAGAGUCAUGAGUACAAUCAACCAUAUUAUGGGUAUGAUCCAAGUUUGUAUUUUUCUCCUAAUUACCCUGCUCAGAGUUACCAAACCGUGGCAUACUCUGCCGCUACUUUUAGUAACCCAAAAUCAAUUGAGUAUGAUCCCAAUUAUGGUAUGACUCAGCUUGUGAUCUCUUACUCUACCUUGGAAUUCAAUGAGCCUGCAUUUGAUGAUUAUGACCCAACACCUUAUGGUGGUGGGUAUGACAUUGCUGAGACCUAUGGCAAACCUCUACCACCAUCAGAUAAAAUUUGCUAUCCUCAUUCUGGGUCAAGCUCAAUUAGUGUCCCCUUUGAUGCCGUUCCUACUGGGUCCCUAAUACCAUUACCUACUGUGGAAGAGGGAAUUGAUGAGAAAGAAAUCAUACCCCAGAAUGGAACUGCAGGCCAAACUACUGAAGAAAAGCCCCAGUCACAAGAGAGUAGCAUAGAUCAACCAAAUGAAGUGGAAGACAACAGCUAUGACACUCGUGAUCUGAAGCCUUAUGAAGGUGAAGACAGUGAGGAAGAUCACCGUGAGGAUGAUCAGUAUUCUGGAUCUGGUUAUGGAAGUGGAUUUGAUAAUGGGUACAAUGGAGGACAGUGUGAGGAGCAUGAGAAGCAAGUGCAUCCUCAAUAUCCUAGUGGAUAUGGAUUGGAAGCUAUGGACAUUUGUGAAAGCUUGUUUGGGCAUUGGCCUUGUUUGUCACGUAUGAAGAAGAGAGAAAAUUUUUGUGAGGAAGUCACUGAUAGAGGUAACAAUUGCCAGGAGAACAUGUGGGAAGGGACUGCAGAUUAUCUCUUUGGGAAUCCAUAUCCAUACGGGAGGAGAGGGGAAAAUGGGAGUAGCUAUGGUGGAGACCUUGUCUAUGGUUAUGAAAGGCAUUAUCCAAUUCAAACACAGUACAGGCAGAUUGAUUAUACUGAUGAAUCAUGAUGAAACAACAAAACAAUUUGUUCAAGAUGUAAUAAAAAUGUUGAAGGUGUAAAGUUUCUCUCUGUUGUAAUAAAUGUAAAAAUUUGGAUUGAAAGAUAUGAUGAAAAGAAAAUUUCAUGUUUGGUUU